UCUCUUCUUGGUUUUUUGAAUGUUUGGAAUCGGCGAAUCCACAAAAACACUGUCAAUGUACACAAAAGUGCUUCAAAUUUAGAUUUAAUACUUAGUAGCCUUUAGAAGCUCCCAUUUCGUGCCAGCAUGCGAUGGGGGUAAAUUUGUCCACACCUAAUUUCAAUCCGAGAGAUGACCAGCUACUCUUACCAAAUGAGAUUUUGUACAAUAUCGCAUCCAAUUUGAGUCCUCGUGAUGUUUUUUGGGCGCAACGCGUGUGUCGUUCGUGGUUUUUGUUUGGUUUGACGGAUUCUGAACGAUUUCUAGGGGACGCAUUUGGCAUAAACUGUCAAGGUUCAGAAGACAGGUUGCACCAGUUAGCUCUUCAUUAUCAGCGAAAUGAACAAGAAGCACAAGGCAUAAAUGCGGAGGACGAGACGCACAAUUAUCCUCUCCCAUUACGGACUGCUGCCUUCUUUCUAGAAAAUUUAGAGCUAACACGAAACCCCCUUUCCCUUAAGUUCUGGUCCUUGUUCUCAGAUACGAUAACGCGACUCGAGUUUACUGACUGUGCUGUUCUUCCAAGAAUUUGUGUCGAUGUAAAGGACAACGAUGGAAAUGUUGUUAAUGUUGACACUAAUUUUAGCUUGGGCUGCCCUAAUCUGAAAAAGUUGGCGUUACGGAAUAUGGACAAGAGUUUUAUGAUGGGCGCUCAAUUUAUCCAAUUUCAUCAGAUUCUGCAUCUUUCGAAUCUUGUCAGUUUGGAUGUCUCUUGUAACAAGAACAUCACGGACAAAAUAUUAUUAAACCUACUUUUGAAGACUGAAAAACUCGAGAGCCUCAAUUUAAUGGGAUGCCCUUUGGUUCUCGCAAGAGCUGUACACAAUAGAUUCUACCCUCAAGCCUUGAACUCUGAAGAAUCUGGGCCUGUGGAAUUUAGUGAUCACAUUUUUUCGUUCGAGACCAUUGUGAAACACUUUCUGACCCGACCAAAAGGGGCACACAUGAACGAGCUCAUUUUAAAAGCUACUCCUCUUACGUCAUACACCUUAGAAUUAAUUCGAGACCCUGCCAUUUUUACCUGGGAGUCAUUGGACUUGUCCUACUGCAGAGAACUAAAGAAGGAUGCUAUACAUUCAGUGCUAUCGGCUCAUUCUCAGUCUCUCAAGAAGCUAAGUCUGAAAUCUGAUGGCCGUGGCUUAAUGGUAUUGGACGUUUUGAAAGAAAUUUCUCUUCCAAACUUGGAGUCUUUGUCUAUCAGAAACGGCAAGUUUGAUCGGGGUGCUGUUUCUGUCUUUGAAACUAUGCCAAAGCUGAGAAAACUAAGUUGUGCCAACCCUUUUCGUUCCCCUGUCGUGGUUGGUAGCUUGAUGCAGAUUCAACAACAAGUAUUUUCCAAGCUAAAAAAUAUUACGCACUUAAGCCUCGCUCACUCUAACGAAUUCGUCAACAAUGGGUUACUGCAAGUUAUAAUUCUCAACAUGAAACAAAUUAAAAAAUUGCAUCUGCCUGGAUGUGAAAGCUUGAGUGAUUUUGGCUUGACUGGAAUAGUGUCACAGCCCGAAGAACGAAACUUGGAGGAAGGGGAUCCUAACAUUAGACUUCCAUUGUGGCUUCUGAGUCCUGGUGGUGGUGGUUCAGGCCCAAAGAGAACUGUCGAGUUGGAAUCAGAGUUUGAUAGUUUAAUUGAUGAAGGUCGCUAUCCAAAAGAAUUGGGUCCAGGUCUAUAUAAUAGUCGGAGAAAUUCAACCGGGUGCCUAUCUGACUUGAAGUACCUCGAGGAAUUAGACUUGAGCUCGUGUGGCAACUUAUCUUCAGCAACGUGGCAUUUCGCCCUUAGACUUCCAUAUUUGUACCGUUUAAACCUAUCCCAUUGCUCAAAAUUGUCGCUGAACAGCUUGGGUGUCAUUUGUAAACACUGUCCCAAUCUUGAGUAUGUGAUGCUUGUCCGGACUCACCCUCUAGUAAAUAUCAGACCUUUCGUGCAUUUUGUGAACUCAUCCUUGAACCGUCUUCGGGAAUUUACUGUAUAAUCAAUCAAGUUUUUGUAAUCAAUUACACAUUUGAUCCUCGGCAGCAUUGUCAGUAUUAUGCGAUAUGUAUGUAUGACAUAUAAUAAUGCAAUUUCUAAGUCAAUAAAAAUAUUUCUGCAUGUUUAAA